AUGCCCGAGGCUGUCAGUGUCACUGGCCGGGCAGUAAUCCGUGUCGGGGGCAGAGAUGGUCUACUUAACCAGGAACGGGCCCAAGGGCCCUCUGGAUGUCUGCAAGCGGCCCCUUUUCUACACCUGGGCUGGGAUCUGGACACUGCAAUGGGCACGAGCACCAGGCAGGAGAGUGGGGAGGCGGGCACAGCCCCAGGGGCCUCGAGGAUGGGGGGGCACGAGGGGGUGGAGAGGAGGAAACAACUGUUUGUGGCAGGAGCAUCUCGGGCCUGGAACCGGAAGGGUAGGGAGGGCCGGCACGAGCUCCGCAGGCUGAGAGCACGCGCCCGUUUGUUUGUAAGAGACCUUGGCUGGCCGGCCGUGGGCGUGGCCGUGGGAAGGGGUGGCUCGGGGUCCCGCGGGCUCCUGGGGCCAUUGCCUCGGGUCCCUUCUACGCCCGGCCCCUUGCGGGGCUUCUUUGGGAACGUAGAUGCCUCAGGGAUCAAAGAAAAUGCGUUCGAGCCUCCCAUCAUCGCCCAGUUCCUCCGCCUGCUGCCCUCUCACUUCAGCGUGCGAAGUACGCUGCGCAUGGAGCUGCUGGGCUGUGAGCUGAACAGCUGCAGCCUCCCCCUGGGUGUGGAAAACGGAGCCAUCUCGGACGCCCAGCUCACAGCUUCGUCCCACAAGGCCAACGUGUUUGCCAACUGGGCCCCUUCCCGCGCCCGACUGAACCUCGAGGGCCGAACCAAUGCCUGGAGGCCCCGGAUCUUUAAGGGAAAUCGGGAUUAUUCCAGCCCCGUGGUGAACCCCGUGGAGCCUCCCCUGUUUGCCAGCCACCUGAGGAUCCACCCCUGGCGCUGGGCCAACCACAUUGCUCUGAGGGUGGAGGUUCUGGGCUGUGACACUCAGCAGCUGUCCUAAGGGCGUCAGCGUGGGACAGGACUGGCCCCUUCCACCCCCCCCCCAGCUCAGCCACCCUGCGAUGAGGGAGGUCAACAUGGGCCUGAGAUACCGCAGGGCAAGGAGGCCUUCUGGGAUUGCUGACGACCUCUGGGCCCAGCCUAGAGAGGAGAAGAGAGGAGGGGGCCCCUCCCUCCCAGCUGUGAUCCCCCUCCUUCCCAGCUGUGAUCCCCCUCCCUCCCAGCUGUGAUCCCCCUCCCUCCCAGCUGUGAUCCCGCUGCCUCCCAGGUGUGUCCCCCUCCCUCCCAGCUGUGACCCCCCUCCCUCCCAGCUGUGACCCCCCUCCCUCCCAGCUGUGAUCCCGCUGCCUCCCAGCUGUGAUCCCCCUCCCUCCCGACUGUAAUCUUGGAUCUUG